AUGCAAUCCAUCCCUGACCAGCAUCGGGCUCUCGUGCUCGAGAAUCGAGAGUCUGGCUUGGAGCUGAAGACAAUUCCCACACCACAACCCGGGCCCGGCAGCGCAGUUGUUCGAAUUGAGGCCACUUGCAUAUUACCCUACUACCAGCAGGUCAUCCGCCACUACCCGGUCCCUACGCCUCUGGUCGGCGGGUUCGGCGCCAUCGGACGCAUUGCGGCUGUUGGACACGAUGCCGUGACACUGAAGCCGGGCCAGCUCGUGUACGUGGACAGUGUCAUACACGCCCGCGACAAUCCGCACGACUCUUUCUUGUCGGGCGUUAUUGAGGGAUUCACGGACGGAAGCAAGUACCUGAUGCGACACGUGUGGCGCGACAGCUCGUUUGCGGAGUACAUGAAGGCCCCCCUGGAGAACUGCAUUCCACUGAACGAAGAUCGCCUGUGCAAGGAGCUCAAUUACUCGAUCCCACAGCUCAUGUACCUGGCGUACCUGCUCAUCCCGUACGGUGGCUUGAGAGAUAUCGGGCUCGAGCCUGGUGAGACCAUUGUCAUCUGCCCAGCGACGGGCGGGUACGGCGGCGCCGCUGUGCAAGUCGCCGUCUCUAUGGGAGCCAAAGUAAUAGCCAUGGGGCGCAGCACUGAGAAGCUGGCCAAAUUGGAGGAGCAUGUGCAAAAGACAUGGCCGAGCGCCAGCUUCGACGCGGCUGUCAUUGCGGGAGACGAAGACAAGGACCUCGAAACCCUGCGAGGCUUCGGCACCAUUGACGCUGUGCUCGACUUGACACCCUCUACCGCCUCCGCGUCAACGCACACCAAGAGCGCAAUCAGGGCUCUGCGACUCGGCGGGAGGAUCAGCCUGAUGGGCUCUACCAAGAACAUUGGGGCUGGCGAAAUCUUGGUCAACAGCAUCACGCUGAAGGGCAAAAUGAUGUACGAGAGGGCAGACAUUCUGCAGUUUGUCAAAAUGAUGGAAAGCGGUCUGUUCCCUCGGGGCGAGGACUUUGCCGAUGUCAAGACUUUCGCGCUGGAAGACUGGGAGCAAGGUCUCGACGUGGCGGCUGAGCAUGUGGGCAUUGGCAAGUGCGCGGUCUUUGUUCCGUUAGGGUUGCGAAACUAG